AUGAAAUUUACAAAUCCCCCGCGAGAAUUGAGAGUAAAAAAUGGACGUUCCCUCUUUGUUUUCACGCAGACAGAUUACGACAGGCACCUGGAGGAACUGCUGGAACGUGUGGAGACACUUUUAGCCGGGAUUUUAAGGAGGAAGUUGAAAAAAGAGAACUUGGAUCAGCUGGCCCGUUACCACGCUCUCCUGGAAAAUGUUCGACAUUUAUCCACGGGGGCCGGAGGAACAAUGGAAGCGACCAUGUCGACGGAGACGAAGCUGUUCCUGCGUAAAACCAAAGAGCUAUCGAGACUGGUGUCAACUAUGAAAGAGCUCGAGGUCUCCCGUGAACUCGGGACGGAAUUGCUCCAGAUCGAGAAAAAACUGGCCGAUCUGUCGGUCGCCGUUGAGAAGGACAAAUGUCUGAACGCUGGCGGAAAAUUCGAGUGGGUUGACAGCGUGUUGGUAAAGUGUCUGCGAAAUGGCACGUGGCUACUACUGGACCAAGUGAACCUCUGUAGUCCAGCAAUUUUGGACCGGUUGAAUGGUCUGCUGGAGCCGAACGGCGCGUUAACGAUCGGCGAGAAGGGAGUCGAUGAAGAUGGGAACGUGUUUACCGUGAAAGCUCACGGGAAUUUCAGGUUGUUCCUCACUAUGGACCCUCGCCACGGUGAGAUAUCCCGAGCAAUGCGAAACAGGGGCGUGGAAAUCAGUAUUCCAGCGCCUCGACACUUCGUGCCGAGCAACAACUCGCUGGACGUGAUGUCUCUGUUGAACAGCUGCGGCAUCAGAAGCGUGAACCGUCAGAAAUUACUCUUGAAAGUCCACGGUGCCCUCCACGGUGACCAGUACAGGCUGAAUGAAAUGCUGCAAGUAGCGUUAUUCACCAGCCAGCAGACGUCGAAGGGGUUCGCUUUCGAACAGUCGUUGAGAAAUUCCUAUCGGGAGCUGUGCGGAUCGCUCGACGCCAGGUCGAAGCACGAGGCAUUGAGAAAGAUCGACGAGACUCUGUCGGAGGUUGUCGAAGACGAGAAGCCUGAAUCUUUCUACGAUUUGGACGCGAUGAGCUUGAGAACGUGCGACCUCAGGAGAAACGCGAGGCUCGCGAUCGUCAAGCAACAAGGAUUCCUUUUGAAAUUGUCUUUGGAGAAACUGCUCCGCAACGAUGAUACAGGAGCGCAGAAAAUUGAUCUCCACGAUUUUUUCGAUCGACCUCCCAUCGCGGACGCAACGACGUUCCUCAGGCAGCUUCUCCUUGACUUUUACGAACGAUCGUCCCUGGAUGACCUGCAGACACGACGACUCUGGUGUCGGAAUAUCCUCCAAUGGAAUAAAUUCAACAAGCUGGCAGAGAUGAACGAGUGUCUUGGCAAAGAGGUUGGAAAUAUGGAAUUUUUAUUCAGGGGCAAGUCAGCUCUCGGGGUCCCGUUGAAUCUGAUCGAACCUCCCACGUUCUCCAAUAAUCUGGUUAUCGCGCUGUACUUUCGACUGAUCAGUCUAGAUUGCGACUCAGAGAGGGAUCUUCACAGGGACAAAGACGUGAUGUAUCUGAAAGAAUAUUCGUCCGCAGUUUGCUCAGGAAGAUUAUCAACCAACUUGAAGAACGAACCGCUGAUACUUCAAUUCGCAGAAAUGGCCGACCACUUUGGAAAAAUCAUCGAAACGAUUCUUCGCGACGAAAAUUUGUCAAUAAACGAUCGAGAGUACGUCGAGUUACGAGACGAUUUAAAAUGGUACCAAAGAUUCCGCCAAAUAGGAGAGACCAAAUUAAUCGACAAGUCACGAGGGGUGUUUCUCGACGUGCGCGAAAUUUCCUCGCACCUGAACGUCCACUACAAGUGGCUGACGAAAUUUAUCAAAAAGCUGCUCGCACUCUCAGGUGCGAGACUGGAGUCGUCGUCAGACUUAGCGGAGAAGUAUCUGAACAUGGCGAUCGACGCUGACAAAUAUCGAAGGAUUCGAAAAAAAAUCAAGAAGCUGCUGUUCGUUCCGUCGCCUCAUAUUUCCGAAAACUCGAUGAUCUUCCACGAGAGGCUGCGAUCCAUCUCGAGGAAGCUCGAGAUCGUCGAGGAGGAUUUAAUCGACUCGCUGCGAACGAAAUUGAAAGUCGUUUCUGUCAGCUCUCCCGAGAACUUGAUCGUUAGGAAAAGUUUGAUCGAGAUCUGCGUCGAGUGUUUCGAAAGCCAAGAGGCCGACGACACGACGAGAAUUGAGGAAAUGACUAAAGACGUUUUAGAAGUCAAAGAAAUCAGUAUUAGACGCGAGGAUUUCGUGGAAAUUGAAAUAUGGCCGAUUUACGAAUUUUUCUUCUUCCUUUUCGCGUAUCGCUUCCAGAGGAGGUUCUGCGACGAAUUUUCAGACGACUUUAAGGAAGAAACGCGUCGAAAUUUUGAGAAGAACUUUGACAAGGGGAACCAAAUGUCCGUGAAUCUCGUGGACUGUCAUGUUGAAACAGCUGAAACAACUGGCGAAAAUUUUGGUAGAAUUUACAAGGCGAGCGUGUUUAGAAAAUUCGAAGACGUCCCAACGAUACCACCGCGUUUAAUAGGUCUGAUAAAAGCUUUGAAUGCCAAUAAAAUUUCAACUAGACGAAGGAUCUCUCUGCUCCCAGAAUUGCUCUUUUCUGUCGAGGAGUUUGCGGAAAGAUCCUUCGCUGUAAAAAACUCGAGUAUUCUUCUGCAUUGGUACGACAACGAGGAAGACGAAACAGAAGAGAAUUUUAAUAUUUUCCAGACGAACUUCAUCAACAAAUCAUCCCUCUACGACCUAAUCUUCGAGCUGUUUCUAACAAAAUCUGGGAGCAAAAAGGAAAUGAUCAAUUUUGGAAACUACAAGAACCAGAGGAGAGUCUUGCAAACGGUCCAAACGCUCCUAUGGAGGAACUCUUUAAUUUUAAAUUCAGAUGAAUUCGACAUAUCCACCAACGACUCGAUCCUAUUGCAAUUUCUCGUUGAUUAUUACUUGUCCGUCACGAACAAAGUCACAGACACUUUCCCCUUGAAGUUAAACACCGAAGAGCAAAGUAAUCUGGAAGAUCGUCUCUUCAAGCCGAUAAGAUUGUUGCAAGAAAUCAAAGGGAAGCUAGAAAAUGAAAACAACGUGAUCGAAAGAGGAAACGGAUGGUUGAUACUGGGAUAUCUGCAAAUAUUUCUCUUCCACGAUCUAGGGCCCAUUGAUCCGGUUCAAAAGAUCGCCUUGAAAUCGAAAUACAUACAAGAGAAUAUUGCCGAAUUGGAGCAUUUGAUGCGCGUUGAAGAUUUACAGUCUGUCAUUCUUGGAACCUCUUUGUCCAAGGAGCGAAAGGCAUCGAGGGCCAAUCACUUGAGGACAUUGUCCAGUGAAGCGAGAAGCUUUGAGAACAUUCGGGCAGUCAGGCCGUCGUCGAGCUUUCAGAAUUUAAAAGAAGAGAUAGAGAACUUCUCUAGCAACGUGGGCUCCUUUGAAUCAAUAUUUAAACAAAUCGGGCAAUUGAACGAACUGGCUGAACAACACCUAGAAAUGGGAUCGCAGGCAUCGCACAGAGAGAAAUUGCACGAAGCCAUAAUCUGGAAGAAAUCGUUGGAAAGGUUCUCCGGUAAAUUGGAGAAGAACUUUCUCGUUGGUUUUCCCGAUUUGGUUUCACCAGUGAUCUCUGCGGUUUCCAAUUUGCAUCACGGUUUGUCGAUCCUGAUUCACGAACUCUCGAACAGAGAGUUUCGAAAUUCGAGCAGCGACGUCUGCUACAGUUUGUUACGUUUCCCCGUCGUUGGCUCGUGCCAGGAGAAUUACAUAAACUUGGCGAGGCUGUGCUCUUCGGAGAAGCUAAUUUUCAUUCUGACGAAACAACUGAAAUCGAAUACCGUUCAAAAAGACAGAUUUACAAUGAUCAAAAUUGCAUUAAAGGAACUUGAAAAUUUGUCUCUGGUUAGAAAUGAUGUGGAAUCACUGUGGGAAGAAUUGAACGGGAUAUUUUUCAAAAUCAGGAUCCUGUGGAAGGAGCAAGAGAAGCAGAGGGAAGAACAGAUGAAAGAAAAAGAAAGCUUGUUUAAAAUGAAGUCCACGAAAGAAGAAGAGGAGUCGGAUUUUAAGAAUAUGUUCCCAGGCUAUCAAGAAGACUUCUUGGAGUUGGCAGAAGUGUUCCCAGAUUCCCACCGAGACCUCUCAGAGCUCCAGAAAAUUUCAGAGAAUAUCUCCAGCGACGAAGAAUCGUUCGUCGAAGUGAUAUCCAUGAAGGACGCUAGGAAAAUUCAGGAAAUUCACUGGAACAUCUUGAGAAAUUGUUCUCCCCGUGAUAGCAAUUUAAAACGCCCUUCAAUGAUUGUUUCGAGAAGAUCUGGAAACAACUUGGAAAGUUCUGUAUCUAAUUUGGAACCCAAUUUCAUUGACCCUUUGAUCCAAAGACUGGAAUUACUAGGAUCCUCAGUGAAAACUUGGCCAGAGAGCUUGUCUUCUCAGCUAGUGUGCUGCUUAAAUGUAUUAAUUUCUAAGAAAUGCAACUUCGACAGUGGAAAUGAUAAUGACAGAGAGGUCUAUGAUUUCUAUAAAGAUCCAAAUGUUCCAGAGAUUGAACAAUGCCAACCGCUCUUUGAUCGACUCUGCGAAAAGAUCAGUGAGUUUUUGAAGGAAUGGCCUGAAAAUCCCAUUUUGAAUUCAAUCAAACUGAUCGUCGACAGGCUCUUCAGUUUCUCCAUCGAUUCCUCGUUGUCUAGAUUUUUGGUCGGAGUGGAAUUGCUGCUGACAAAAAUCAAACAAUGGGAAGAGAACGCUCGUCUCGACGUUAGUCUCGCAGAAUUUAUCGAAUCGUUCGGUGAGAAGGUUCUUCGUUGGCGUAAACUUGAGAUAUCAAGGUGGAAGGACUCGUUGGAAGUACUUGAAGAUGACUUGAAAACUUGGGCUUCAAAGUGGUGGUUCUUUUUGUUCAAUUUAGUAGAUCAGUAUCUUGCGGAAGAUGUUGAAGCCAUUGAAGACUCGAGUAAAUCUGAUAAUGUUUCGAAAGGAAAGAUGAUCGAAAGUUUAGAACGUUUUUUGGUGGAAUCGUCUUUGAUUGAGUUUGAAACGAGACUUCAAUUGGUCUACCUCUUUUAUCAACACAUUGACCAUCUUGAAGAAACAAAGAGGCAGAAAGAAUUGCUAGCCAUUUUCUGGAAUAUUUACUUCUAUUACUAUCAGUUUCUCGAUGAUGUUCAAAAUAAAAUAAAGGCCUUGAAAGAACCUAUUGCCAAGAAAUUAAAAGACACCAUCAAGAUCACGAGAUGGAACGACAUAAGCUAUUGGUCUGUGAAGAACACAGCCGAGAAGACGCGCAGAACGUUGCACAAAUUCGUCAAGGAAUUCCGUAAAGGUUUGGAGCAGAACGUCGCGUCUUAUUUGACUCUGAAGACAAAAGUAGUAGAGAGCUUGGAAACAAGUUCCAGGAGAGAGCUCAGACCUUCAGAUUUCUUGGUGAGUUUGGAGUCAAGGAGGUUGCAAAAAACGGAGAAACUGGCUGGCAAGGCUCGUCAGUUCUGUGAAAAUAUCAUUGAAAGAAGCGGUUACUCUGAGAUUCGACGGGACAUUGAAACUUUUGUAGAAGAGAGCCUCGAGGAAAGCAAACGAUUGAGAAGCUUGGAAGUCGACAAGACCUUGGCGAAAAGCAAGCAACAAGCUCAAUUGAAAAGCUUGCUUCAGCAAAAGAAACUGGCACUGGCAAAUUAUUUCAAAGCGCUGAGCGGGCUUGGAGUUUCGUACAGAAUUGGCAUUCUGACCUGGAAAAAUAGAAAGAGCGAGAUCACCAACUUCACCUCAGUGCCCCUAGACUUGCAAGAAAUGCAAAACUUUGAAUUCAAAAGCAAGUAUGUAAAUAUAGACAAAGGGCUGUUUGAACAAUGGUCCGGUUGUAACAAGUAUUAUUAUGAAUCUUUGGUUAAACUGAAUUUCCUCGAUGGAAUAUUAAAUUCUGGAAAGGGUAAUCUGGACAUGCAAAACGCUGAACGUUGCCAUGGCUUUUCAAUUCACCUUGCAUUGCUAGCUCAUCGUCAAAAGGAGACGAUUGCCAACUUUUUCAAACGAUUUCUUCCGUUUAGAAUUCAAGUGUCAAACCUCGCGCUGAUGGUGGAAGACAUAAUGAAAAACACUUCGAAUGACAUACCAGAGGAUACUACCAAAAUUACGGGAUCUGGGAAGCUUGAUGUUCCUGUGCAAAGAAACUUACAGACUGCCAUGAACAAUUUGCAGGAGUUGUUAGAAGUGUUGCAAAUGUCCAUGAAACAGAUUGUGAUUUUCUUGGAGAGUUAUCCGACGGAAUCUCUCGCACAGGAGGAGACUCUUCUUGACUUAAAUGAAACUGCAGUACCUGUUCUAAGAGAGAGUAACGUUCCAAAAGCUUCAGUAAUCUCUAUGAAAGGUAGCUUGAACUUGAUAAAAAAUAUGGCAAUUAAAUUAAAUUCAUGGAUCACAGUUUCAAGGAAAAUUGAAAAGUCGGGCCAAGUUUUCUUGUUUCAUCAGAAGCACGCUGACUUUUUGCAACUGAGUUACCAAGAAAUCAAUGAAGUCAAAAAGCAGCUAGUUGACCUCAGAUGUUCUUUCACGCUGGAUCAUCCCAUUAGCAAAAAUUUGAAUUUCUUAAUCGAGAAGAUUGAAAGUAGCAAUGAAUUAUUCACAUCGACAAUUGAACAAUCUGCGGAAUCUGGAGAUUCAAGUGAAUAUAAAGUUAAAUUGGACAAAUUGGUUACGCAAAUUCUGCUUGUCGUUCAAAGGAAACUUCAAGACAGUCAAAAGUUAAUUGAAGAAAGGAAUGAUGCCGAGAGAGAAUCGCCUGGAAGUUUUGAAGAGAAUCUGAUGACGGAGAGAUUAAUAGAACCUUUGAAGAAAGUUGUUCCAGAUUUACGGCUAAACACCAUAUCAAAAAUACUUGGGGAAUUAUUGCAGAUUAUUCACGAAUGUGAUGUCAAGUCUGCAAACGAUUGCACAAAAUCACUUUCACAACAUCUACCUCUCCUAGAACAGUAUACUUUGUUUCUUCAUUACUAUCUCCAUGAGCAAGUGGCAUCUUUCCGUCUAACUUGCAAGUUUCUCUACCUUCAGCUGAAUGUCUUUCUAGAUUUGGCUACAAACGGAUUUUGUCAGCCAGAGAACCUGGAUACUCCUGAAGAUGAUCAAGAGGGCGGUGGUACAGCCGAAGGAGGAAUGGGAUUGGCCGACGGUGAAGGACAGAAAGAUGUUUCAGAAAGGAUUGAAACGGAGGAUCAGUUGGAGGAGGCCAGAAAUCCAAACGAAGAGGAGAAGGACAACGAAAGAAAGGAUGUAGAAGAGAACGAGAAAGGUAUAGAGAUGUCGGAAAAUUUCGAAGGUCACAUGCAGGACCUCGAACAACGCGAGGAAGAAGAAAAUGACGAGGAAGACGACGACCUCGACAAAGAAAUGGGCGAGACUGACGAGACUGCGGAGAAGCUUGACGAAGAAAUUUGGAAAGACGAGGAGGAGGAGGAGGAGGAUGAAAAUGAAGAUAAAGGAAAUGAGAAGGAAGAGAGGGGAACUGGUGAAAAAACUGGGCAAGAAGAACUAAGUGCAAAAGACACUGAUGAAAAUAAAAAUAAAGAUGAAGACGAAGAGAGAGAGGCAGAUGGCGAGAGAAAGGAAAAUGAAAGGAAAGAAAUCAAUGAGUUUGAAGAACCAGAAGUGAACGAAGAUCAAGUGGAUCCCUAUCAUGGGCAAAAUCAACCGGAGAUAGAGCCAGAAUCCUUCGAACUUCCAGAAGAUGUCAAUUUGGAUGAAGAAACGAAAGAGGAUAAUCCCGAGGGCGAGGAAGAAAAUCCUUUUGAUAUUGAUCAGAUGAAGGAGUCGGCAAUCCCAGAAGAAAAAGAAAACGGGUCUGAAAAUAAAGAGGAGCCUGAGGAAGAUAAACAACGGGAUUCUAGCGAUGAAGACGUUAAUGAAGAAGAAGGAGAGAAAAAUGAAAAUACAGAUGCUGACAAAAGAAGGGAUGAGAAAGUUACGGAUCCUGAAAAAGAUAAAGAGAAUGAUACAGAAGAGGGAAAUAUAGAGGAGGAAAAUCGAACAGAGGAAGAUAAAGCACCGCCUAGUUUCGACGCAGGCAGUAAGGAAAUCGAUGCUUCUCAAGAAGUCGAAUCUCGAAAAGAUGGCUCUAGAGAUGCAGUAGAGAGUCAGUCAAAUGAAGAACAAAUGGAGAUAGAUCCUACAGAAAAUAGUGCUGAUGACAAGAGAGAUACAGGAACUGGCCAGUCACAAACGGAAGAACGCGAAGGGCAUUCUGGAUCUAAGCAAGAGGAGAAUGUUCCCAUCUCUGGCAAGGACAGAUCCUCGAAACCUGUUCAGAAACGAAGAAAACCAGGUGAAAGCGACGAAAAUCGUAGUUUACUCGACAGUGAAACUCAACCUUCGGCAAAGAAACUAAAAACCGCAAUGCAGGAUCUAGAUAGUCAGGAAGAACGAGAGAGAGAUGACGGUGUCGGUGGUGAGAGUGAAACUUACGAGCACAUUAAAAAUGCAGAAAAAUUCGAUGAUUACGUCUUCGACGCUGCGACCGAGGAGCAGAUUAAAAAACAAGCGUCGAAUUUGGAAGAAGACGAGAAGGAUCAAAUGGACGAUCAAUUGAAGGACAAUGACAUUGAAAUGCACGAGGAACCAGAAUCGAAAAACGAAGAGGAGGAGACGAAGAAGGAACAGUCUCAGAAAUUGUCCGAAAACAAAAAAGACAAGUCUGCGAACGCGAGAGGUGAAAAAUCGAACGAUGUGGAACAAAUUGAGACAGGGGGCGAAGUCGAAGGCGAAAUGGUGGAAACGAGCCGCGUCUUGCGAGGAAACGAAUCCACCAUUCACACAAAAUUGUCAGAAUUAGAGUGUAGUGAUCUCCCUGUAGAUAUCACUCAAAAAAGGUCUGAGAUCGAGAGUAUGCUAGGUCAGUGGUCUCGAGGGCCAUCCUCGAUGGAAGCAACAAACGCCUGGAGUUCGAUAAGCGCCCUAACCGAGUCAGCUGCCAGGGAAUUGUCCGAGAAACUGCGACUGGUGCUUGAACCGACGCUAACGUCCCGAUUGAAGGGCUUCUACAGAACUGGCAAGCGCAUAAACAUGAGAAAAGUGAUCCCUUACAUAGCCAGUGAAUUUCGUAAGGACAAAAUUUGGCUGAGACGCACGAAACCCGCGAAACGGGACUAUCAGAUAGUAUUAGCCAUCGACGACUCCAGCAGCAUGGCCGAUAACCGCUCGAAGGAGCUAGCAUUCGAAUCACUUUCGUUGAUCGGCAAAGCUAUGACCUAUUUGGAGGUGGGUCAGCUUGCUGUUGUUAACUUCGGUGAACGAGUGAACGUUCUUCAUCCCUUUGGAGAGAAUUUUACGGAGGAGAGCGGCGCCAGAUUGAUUCAAGAAAUGAAAUUUGACCAGAGGAAGACGAUGAUCAGCGAACUGCUCGAUUUCGCGACAGAGAUGUUUGCAUGUCAAAGCCAUUCCUCCGACAACGCGAAAUUAGUAACUAUAUUAUCGGAUGGUAGAGGCAUAUUUUCUGAAGGGACAGAGAGAAUCAUCGCAGCCGUGAGGAGAGCCAAAUUGUUGAAUAUUUUCCUCGUCUUUAUAAUAGUCGACAACCCCCUCAACAAGGACUCAAUACUCGAUAUAAGGAUGCCAAUUUUUGAAGAUGGCAGAUUACUGGGUAUACGUUCUUACAUGGACAACUUUCCAUUCCCGUUUUAUAUUAUUCUUAGAGAUUUGGAUACACUGCCUGUUGUGCUGAGCGAUGCGCUAAGACAGUGGUUUGAAAUUGUAGGUAGAAUCGAUAUAUAAAGGCAAUUAGUAAUAUGGAUAAUUGCUUUUUAAAGAUCUUUUUUUAAUGUUUUAUACCUGUAACGCUCUGUAAUGAUAUUGAAUGCAACAAACUUUUACAUCAAAUUUGCUGUAUCUCCUAUAUCUUUAGCGCUUGAAAAAGAAAAAUGUAAACUAAUUUAUUGUACUGUUGUAAGAAAAUUAAA